UUUUGGGGAUUUUAGUUGAUAAUUUAUAUUUGAGAUGGAAGAGUUUAGGGAAAGUAGGUUUUGGGUUAAGGAACGGCAGGAAGAGAAGAAGGGGGAUAAAAGCAGGAUUAAGAUAGAAGGAAUAGGGGGAAGGCAAAGCAAGGGGUGUAUAAGGUUUCCGAGAAUUUUAAGAAAUGAGAUUAAUGGGAAAUGAAGGGGGAGAACAAUAUCGAAGAGCCUUUCACAAACUCAUUCAUUGCCAAUAGAGUAUAAGUACAAAGCAAUUGAUAGGGAGCGAAGAAGUAUGGAUAUUACUCAGUCUCAAUUUAAAUUCAGAAACAAGGGUUUCAGCCUUUCCAGGAGUUUUAAUAAAUAAGAAUAAUGAUAUUAUUAAGAAGAAUAAAAACUUAUUAGAAAAUAUGAAUAAAUAAGCCAAAAUCACGAAGUAAUAAUGUGUAUCGUUCAAAGCCAAUGAGAGUGGUCAACUCAGAGCAUGAGUUAUUGGAAAUAUCAGAUGGGAAGAAGGAAUUCAUGUCUACUUCUAGUUAUAGUGGCAGCCGACUUAAUUCUUCAAUGAAGUUCUCUACCAAGAUUCAUACAUUAGGAAGUUUAAAAACUAUAAUAAAAAGAGCAAAUUUGAUGCCAAUGAAAAACAAGCAAAUCCAAAUCCGAGUAGGAAAGGACUCUAUUCGGAGGAACAGGAGACUCUUCAAUGAGCUUCGAGAGUGCACUCUUGAAUUCUAUGGUAAAUAA